CAGUGUUAGGUGUGAGGGUCGGAGCCGAGUGCGCGCGCAGCUUGCUCACUCUGCGUUCAGUCGAUCUGCAGAGCCAAGCGCCGUCACCGGCCGGCGAACCACGACCGUUCACAAGCCGUCGCGAACAAAAAUAACAUUCCAUUUUUAAACCAUUAGAUAUUUUUUUUAUUUUGUGUUUAUUAAAGUGGCAGUGAAAACAUUUAUUAGAAAUUACAAAAUUCACAAUUUCAAGGUAUCAAAGUUCAACACUUCACCAGACUGUGAUAAAAAGUGAUGCUAAGUGACUGAUUGUGUUUAAAUAAAUAAGCAUAUAACCGUCAUGUCUGAGACGCAAGAAUACAUCAACGGGAUGCGGCCGGGCCCGCUCACCCGAGAGAUCCCUGAAUGUAUGCGGGACAAAUACACCGUCGUGCAAGCCAUUAUAGACGUUAUAGUGUUUGUCAUCGUCGGUGCUGGAUACGUUAUCCAGGCUAUAUACAGGACUAUAGUGGGGAAGCCUAAGAAGGACUUGAAGGGGGGUGUGGCCGUUGUGACCGGGGGCGGCGGCGGACUCGGCAGUCUCAUAGCGUUGAGACUCGCAAGACUCGGAUGUACUAUAGUCUUAUGGGAUAUUAACAAACAGGGGUUGGAAGACACGGUCAAGCUAGUGAAAGGAAUUGGCGGCAAAUGUUAUGGCUAUGUAGUCGAUUUAGCUAGCAGAGAAGACAUCUACAGGGUAGCCAAGAAAGUAGAAGAAGAAGUUGGAAAAGUUAAUCUACUGAUCAACAAUGCUGGUGUCGUGUCCGGGAACUACCUACUCGACACUCCAGACCAUCUCAUACAAAGGACGUUCGACGUCAACAUAUUAGCACAUUUCUGGACGGUGAAAGCUUUUCUACCGUCUAUGAUAGAAAACAACGAUGGUCACAUCGUCACCAUCGCGUCAAUGGCUGGUCACGUUGGAGUUGCCAAGUUGGUCGACUAUUGUUCUUCGAAAGCGGCGGCUUGCGGUUUCGAUGAGGCACUGAGACUAGAACUUGAAACAAAGGGGAUCAAGGGCGUAAGAACUUCGUUGAUAUGUCCAUACUUUAUAAGGUCUACUGGCAUGUUUGAGGAAGUUAACUCCAGGUUCGUGCCGCAACUCAACUCGAAUGAGGUGGCAGAUCGCAUUAUACUCGCGAUACGCACCAAUGAACCCUUCGCCCUUAUUCCUGGAUAUUUCCGGGUCUUGUUGCCUUUUAAGUGGAUAGUGCCAUGGCCGUGUAUAUCGGAGCUUAUCCGUGGUCUGGUUCCGGACGCGGUGCCUGUGACGCCAGUGACCCCCACGCUCCCCACUCCAUUGCCAGAAGUGGACCUGAAGCGGGAAUCACGACCGAUGUCGCUACUCCCCCCAGUCAGACCCGAUAGACAUGUCUGAUGCCACGCGCAUGCGCUAGUGAUAUAAAUGUUACGAGAGACUUGGUCAAAGUGCGACGAAUUAUCCAAAAGUGGUAUCAUUUGAAAUGUCUUCAAAGUAUUUGAAUUACAACAGAUUUAUGUUUAUAAUGCGAUAAUUAACUGUGAUGUCAGAUAGAUUAUCGAUGAAUUAGGAUUUGCACAGUACGCGACUUUGAAUGCACCGCCAAUGACACCACCUGUUGUUUUUAUUAAUUUUGCCUUGCAGUUAGUGAUUUAAUACAUUCCAAAAUAACAAACGGCAGAGUCUUCACAGUAAAAUGAAGACACGGUCUAAGAAGCUAACGUAUUCAUAAAUGAUCACUUUGACAAAGUCCCUCGGCUUGUGUUAGCCAAGACACGGUACUAGCAUCGGUUAAGGUUAGUUAGGUAACGAAUUUAGGUGUACAUUUAUAAAACGUGAUAGACAUUUGAUGUCACGAAGUACAUAUGUGUAUGAAACGAAUUAUAUCCAUUACUGCCUUAGUAGGGUGAAAAAUAGCUGUUCUAUGGGGCCUUAUAUGUAGAAACAAUUGAAUGUUGAGUCGUUUGUAUGUAGAUUUUCAUACUAGAACAAUAUAACAUAUGAACUUUAUUUUUGUUUCUCAGCUAUAUCUAUUUCAAUGCCUCCAGAAUCUAUGUUUUUAUUAAAAAAAAUAUUUAUGCUACUCCCAUACUUUCGAUUCUUGUGGUUUAUUAAGUUUCUAUUGAAUUCUUUGCAAUGCGAUGCUGUGUGAAUACUUACUAUUGUUCUUAGGUAGUUUGAUACCAUUGUUAAAAUUUACUGCUUGGCUAUUGGCAUAUGCUUUGUUUAAAAACGAAUAUUUACAUUAAAGUCAAGUAGAAAAUUAAAAUGUUGAAGUGUUUAUACUUGGCUAGAAACACGCUAAUUUUACAAUUUUUUCUAUGAGUUUCCUUUUUUAUAACAAUGUAGGUUUUAUAUCUUGUAUAUACGUGGUACUUAGUCAAAUUGAAACUUUUAUAAGAGAUUACGGAUGUGAUUUUAUUUAGUCUUUAUGUAAUCAUUAAUAAAGUUAGCUAUAUCUGGGUAUUUUUUAAAAUAUUUUUUGCUAUUUCAUUUUUAAGUUCAACAAAUCUCCUCUCUUCCCGUCUAAGCUAUAAGUAGCAUAUCUCUUCCCGAUCAUACGUUUAAUUGCUAAGGUCCUAGGAGGUGGUACUUAGUUGUAAUUACUAAAUUAUGUUUUAUUAUCUUUAAUGGGGAAAAGGGAGUCUUCCACGUUAUUGUACUAGAUGACGUCAUGAACAUAAAGUGCCUAUGGAAUAUGGUUGUAUAUCUCCGUCAGGUUCAGCGUAAUAUCAUCUAUUCUCGUUGAGUAAAGUUUGACCAGUAGUGAACAAGGGGAGAAAAAGUUGUGAUAUCUCCAGUGGGGGACGAAAUUUGACAACGGGAAUAGACAAAUGUUAUAAUUUUUGUAAAUACUUUCUUCUGAACUGUGAUAGAUUUCCGUUUCUAAACUUUGUUCAAAAUUAUUGCAUUUUUUAUUAUUUUCAUGUAUCAUGUAAAAUGUAACAGACUUUUAGAACAUUAGGAUUGGUACUGCGUUUAAUUAAUCGGAAACAGGUACCUAAUUUUUUAUAAUAAUUAUAUGUGUUGAUACAGAUUAAAUAACACACGUAAUAAUUCUUUUCUUUUAAAUGUAGGUACAUAACAAUAAUAGAAUUGUAAUGGUGCGUUCACACCACAAUUACUUUUGUAACAUAUGAUUACGUAAGUUUCUAUUCUUUAUCUAACAAUGAAAGGUUUUGUAAUGAGAUGUUGCCCAGUUACAUUUGGCAACGUUCUAUAAAAAAUAAAACGUUCUGUGCAAUUUGAAAAUUAAUUAUUUAUGACAAAUUAUAAUUAAUUACUGGGUGUUAUUUGUUUUGUAGCAACUCAUAUAUUUAUGUUUUGCUGUGGAACAUUCUGUAAAUGUGUGUGCAUUUAUGAUAACUAGUUUUCCCAUGUUAUUCCACUUCUAUAAUGUUGUAAAUGUUUAUAUGAAUUUAUGAAUUAAAAAUAACAUUAAGGAAAUGUUAA